AUGUCUAAUCCCGGAGAAUUUUCUUAUUACAACAACCCCUCUUCAAGGUCGCGGAGAGCGUCUCCCAGCGCCGCCGACGCCAACGCGAGUUACUUUAGCACUUCGGGACAGGGUGGGCGACCAGUAUUGCCUCCUAUUCGUUCGGCAUUUCCGACCUCACCUUCCACCACCUCACCGUCUCCAGUUCCUAUAGUACCUUACACCUCAGAGCGUGCCCAUCAUCAGGGCUCAUACGAGUAUGGUUCACACAGCUAUGCUCCAUCGGAUUGGGUUCCUGCUCCGUCCGGGGGCGCACAUGUGCCGCAGGCUUCCUCCUUCUACGACCAACACGCUCGAUAUCCUGGGCAGUCGUACUACCCGGCAUAUCCCGCGCGGCCGGGAUCGGGCGUGACCCCGGAUCCUCAUAGCCUCAGGGCCUACCCCGGCGCGCCCGUCUCCCCGCCCAUCCCCACCGGGGCGCGUGACGACCGGUAUCCAACGUAUUCGGACAACCCCAUGGGAACUGGCGGCAAUUACGGCAUAUACAAUCCACCGGGCUCUUACUCUGGAUCUGCUUACACCUACUACCCGCCCCCCGCCCACCAGUCGCCGUCUUACUCGUACGCACCCGCGCCAGAUCCUCGCAGUACCUCCCAAGCCGCGUAUAUCAACCCAUCUCACCAGGGUCCGGCCAGUGCGUCGCUGCACGCCGGGUCCAGCCAUAUGCCUACGGUGCCCCAAGAGGAAGAGCCGGUGAUUAAGAAGAAGCGCAAGCGUGCAGACGCCAACCAGCUCAAGGUUCUCAACGAGACCUACGCACGCACGCCGUUCCCGUCCACCGAGGAGCGCCAAGACCUGGCGAGGCGUCUGGACAUGUCUGCUCGUAGCGUGCAGAUCUGGUUCCAAAACAAAAGGCAAUCCAUGCGCCAGGGCGGCCGCAGCUCUACUUCCGUUGCGGCAACCACCCUCUCCGUGCAUCACCCGUCCCAUGGGCCUUCGUCGUUCCAGGCCGAAGUCGUCCCUUCCGUUCCGGGACUUUCCUCCAUCCCGCGAUCAUACGGGACCCCGCCGAUGGUGAGGCCGCCGACCGUGCCGAGCCCUCCGUACACCACGCGCCUGCGGUCCCCUCAGCCGGAGGUGCCUCUGCGCACCCCCAGCCGCAUCUCGCGCUCGCCGCCCACCCAAACAUCUCAUCGCCGCUGAAUCAGCAUCACCCCGAUCAUCGCAACGCCUCGGCCUCGUACGCAGCAACCCACACUCGUUCC